CGCAGCCCGGGAGGGAGGCUUAAUCCAAACACUGCACUCCGCUUCUUUCCUCGUACCAUGAGCUGAUCUGUCCGGGACAGACCAGGGAAGAUGGCGGCCACAGACCAUUCCCGGUCCGAAGCUGCCAAACAACGAAGGCAGGAUCAGCUUCAGCGAUGGCUGGGCUCGGAAACGGACCGGACGGGAUCGGAGACCAAGGCAACGUCGGUCGUUUCCGGGACGCGGCGGGUGAAAGUACGGUUCGCUCAAGGAGCUGAGUUUAUGGCUGCUUGCUCCGCUGGAGACCGGGAGGAGGUGGCAGCGCUGCUCCGACAGGGAGCUGACAUCAACCACGCCAACAUAGACGGUCUGACAGCGCUUCACCAGGCCUGCAUUGAUGAAAAUGCUGAGAUGGUGCAGUUUCUGGUGGAGAGCGGGAGUGACGUCAACAGAGGGGACAACGAGGGCUGGACUCCUCUGCACGCUGCAGCUUCCUGUGGCUUCAUCCAAAUUGCUAAGUACCUGAUAGAACAUGGUGCUCGCGUCGGAGCAGUAAACAGUGAAGGAGAGCUUCCUCUUGAUGUUGCUACAGAGGAUGCUAUGGAGAGGCUGCUCAAAGCUGAAAUAAAAAAACAAGGAAUUGACGUGGACAUGGCUCGAAAGGAGGAGGAGAGGGUCAUGCUGCAGGACGCCAUGGCGGUGCUGGAAGGAGGUGGCACCCUCAAACCUCACUCAAACACCAAGGCGACGGCUCUGCAUGUCUCUGCUGCCAAAGGCUACAUCGAAGUCCUGAAGGUACUGUUAAAGUGUGAAGUAGACCUGGACAGCAGGGACAUAGACGGGUGGACGCCCCUGCAUGCAGCUGCUCACUGGGGCCAGGAGGAGGUGUGCACCCUGCUUGCUGACAACAUGUGCGAUAUGGGUGCUGUCAACAACGUGGGACAAACACCUUUAGAUGUUGCAGAUGAGAACCUCGUGGACACUCUGGAGGAGCUACAGAAGAAACAGAACGCUUUACGCAGCGAGAAAGAGAAACAGACUCCUGUUAUUGAGACCAGUCCGCCAAUCUCCAUAGUACCAGUUCGCACACGCAGGACCUCUAUCUCUCGUAUGAGCAGCAAAGAGAAGAUUGGCCUCCAUGAGCGUGAGAAGCACUCGCCUCCUGCGCUGCAGAGCAGUCCAGCUGAGGACGAGGAGGAGGAAGGCCAAACGGGACAAAGCCAGGCGAAAGCCUCUAGCAGCUCCAGCUCAGAGGAGGAGAGCGAGUCUGAGAGCGAUGCCGAGUCAGAGAAAGCAAAAAACAGAGAGAUCAUAAACAACUUGAACAACAAACGAAACACCACCAGCCUGCUUUCUACUUCCAUGUCAGCAAGCACCACUGCAAGCCAAGUGAAAAAGCAGGAACCAAACAAGCCUCCAGCCACUGAAGCUCCAGGCUCAUGGCGAACGUCUCUGAGGAAAGCGGGCAGUUCUGUGACUUUGGGUUCAGCUGGACUCUCCGACUCCAGCCAAGACUCCAGCAGACCUGCAGAGUCUGGCCUGGGAAUGACCCGAUCUGCCUCCAGCCCCCGCCUCAGCACUGAGGCCGACACGAAGGAGCCAAGGCUCGCUCGAGUACCACCAAUUCCAACACGGAGACUCUUAAGUAUUCCAGAUAACAGCUCUGACAACUCCAAUAGCUGGCUAAGCCGUAGCUCCUCUUACACCCGACGCCUUCAUGGUCAGUCAGUGAAUGAGCUCACAAGUUCCACCCCAUUUUUGCUUCGCAGCUCAUCUUAUGGAAAGAGACUGGAUGACCCCACCAUGACCUCAUCGAGUACGGGAACAAGCUCUGCUGGACUCAGCCGCCUUAAUAGUGUCUUAGCUCAGAGAAAUUCUCAGGAACGGACAGAAAAGAAGGAUGAGUUAUCCAUCAACACUUCUAACUCUCAGAGCACCACUACAGGUGAACAGGAAACCAAGCAGAGACGCAAGUCCUAUCUGACACCUGUGCGGGAUGAGGAGGCAGAGGCGCAGAGAAAAGCUCGUUCCCGCCAUGCACGGCAGUCGCGCCGCUCCACUCAGGGGGUGACACUAACGGAUCUACAAGAGGCAGAGAAGACCAUUAAAACCACAAAGAUGGACAAUAAAGGGAGAGAAAAAACUGAGGAAGAGGAGAAGGAGAAAGAGAAGGAAGUUAAACAGAAGAAGGGAGAGGAGGGGGAAGUGAGCUGGAGGUCUCGUAUUGCCAGUCUGCAGAAGUCAGACCUGCUGGGCCUCACGCAGCCAGCUGGCACGCCACGGCCUCAGACUUCUGACAAGAAAGAUGCUGAAGCCGGCACAGAAGAGAGUGAGACGGAGCGAUGGGCCAGGGAACGCAGGGAGAGGAGACAGGCUCGGGCCAGGAGGAAGGCACAGAGGACCGGGGAGAGUGAAGACAAUGAUCCCAAUGGAGAGGAAGAGUUCUCAGGGAGUGGGCUGGAUCCACAGAAAGACCAACUGUUAAGUUCCAGGUUGGACACAUUUUCUAACGACACUCAGGGAGGGGGUUCUGAAACAAAGGAUUUUAAGAAGUUAUUUGAAGAGCUCUCCAGAGAAAACAGCCAGCUCCAGUCUCAACUUCAGGACACUCAGAGGAUUAUCAGUCAAACCAGGUUGGACCUGGAGAAGGCCACACAGAGACAAGAGCGCUUCAGUGACUGUUCAGCCCUGCUAGAGCUGGAGAGAAAGGACCGGAGGAUGUUGGAGCGGCGUAUGGUGGAGCUGGAGGAGGAGCUAAAGGUUCUGGUUGACCUGAGAGCGGACAACCAGCGUCUUAAAGAUGAAAAUGGAGCACUGAUCCGUGUCAUCAGCAAACUCUCCAAAUAGAUGAAAACCUCCAGGGAACCCCUCCUCUCCAUCCAUCCAUUUGUCCAUCCCUCUUUCCAUACAUUCCUCCCAGUGCCAAAGAGCAAGAGAGCGAGGGGGGAGCAGCUGAAUGUUCUACGCACAUGAACACUACAGCUAUACUUGGAUUGUGAUGCCUCUUUAUGAACAGCUGGAGUGUCUUUUGUGUGCCUUUUUUAAUUCUCAGUGUUCGUAGGAGGAACUGUGGUCACGACUAGAGGCUUCCACUGUAGCAACAAAACGCGACGGUGAUGUGCUACGAUUGUGGGUCAGAGGGGCGCCAACAUGCACACACAGUCCCAUGCAUGCAUCCAUACUUUCUUGAUGCACAUUCACUGAGCACAAGACUUGUCUUAAUGCUCCCACCUUUUUUUUUGUAUUUUUUUUUUCUUAAGUGACCACACAUUUCACUCAAAGUUUCCCCACUUCCAAGUUAAAAAUGUUUUGAUGUAUUUAGAGACUCGACUUUGAAGCACGUUUUAGGCUCUGCCUUUACAUUCAUCAAUGUCCUGGUGGCAGGGGAAGUCUCUGAAGCUCUGAUGGGUUUGUUUUGAUUCCACGUGCAAGUGUUUGAACCCACCUACCUCUCCUCCACCUAUGCACUCCCCCUUCCCUUUUUUUUUUCUUUUUUUUUUUUUUUUUUUUUUUCUUUCUUUUCUGCAGACAUACUCCAUGCUCUUAAGAAUGGACCUGGUCGCUCGACCACAGCACUUUACUCUCUGCAAAG